GUACAACAACAACAACAGAGGGCUUGUAAAUACUGAUUUUUUUUAAAUGCAUUUUUGGCUUUCUCUUUUUAGCACAACAAUAAUCAUCGCCUUUUGAACGCCUAACUUAAUGGCUGAUGACAGCCUGUCUGUCUAUCCACGCAUCAGAACGUUUACACUUUCACGCCCGUUCUCAAGAAAAUGCCACAGCCUGCAGCAGCAUGCCCGUGCAGAGGGUGAGAAGCACUUUCAAUAUUGCCAGGGAUACAAAUGAUGUUUGUAAUCAAACUCUUCAGCUCUGAUUGGGAUUUGUUUGCCAGCUUUCUUUGGAAGGGAGGAGGGUUUGCUGGUCAUAUAGGCGGGCUGACGAUCUCUCUCCGCAUGCUGUCAACAACAGAGGAGCGCAGCAGUGAGAGCUGCUUUUUCCUUCACUCGUUGCUUUUGCUUUGUGAAUGGAUAUUUAAAGUUCGAGAUCCAUGCGCGCAUUCUCUCUCUCUCUCUUUUUCUCUCGCUCUCUCUUAUGAAAGAGCAUGACCGCUGCUGAGCUUCAGACAGAUUUGACCUGAGCUCACACACAGAGGAGAGAAGGCGAAAUGGAGACUAUCACGACCUAUGACUUCCUGAUUAAUUCAACAGAUCUGAACAAUGUCUUGAGCCGCUUCGGGAUCAAUAUUUCGGAUUACGAGCCAAGACGGGGCCCCUCUCCAGACUCUAACGACAUCUCCCAGCCCGUCCGGAUCGUCCUGUACAGCAUCAUCUUCCUCCUCAGCCUCAUAGGCAACAGCAUCAUCAUCAUCGUCCUGCUGCCGGUAGGACGAAGACAGUGGCAGAAGACCAUCACCAAUCUGUUCCUGCUGUCCCUGGCAGUGAGCGACCUCCUGGUCUCCCUGGUGUGCAUCCCCUUCACCUUAAUCCCCAACGUCAUGAAGGAUUUCAUCUUUGGCCUCGGCAUGUGCAAGAUGGUCAUGUACUUCAUGGGCGUCUCUGUCAGCGUUUCCACCUUCAACCUGGUGGCCAUCUCCAUCGAGCGCUACUAUGCCAUUUGCAGCCCCCUCGCUUCCAUGGCGUGGCAGACGAGGAGCCACGCCAAAAAGGUCAUCACCUCCACCUGGGUGGUGUCCUCCAUCUUGAUGCUGCCCUACCCGAUUUCCAGCACCCUGAUUCCCUUCACCCGCCUCGACAACAGCACGGGACACAUGUGUCGCCUGAUAUGGCCCAACGCAGUGUUCGAGCAGUCCUGGUACAUCGCGCUGCUGCUGGUGCUUUUCCUGAUUCCUGGUAUCAUGAUGGCGACGGCCUACGGACGCAUCUCCUUGAAGCUGUACAAGGGAAUCAAGCGAGCGCAGUCCCUGAAGAGCUCCAGCAGUGAACGCCACGCCAGCACCGGCAGCGUCAAACCAGCAAACGGCAAUGGCUGCAACUCAUCUGAGAGCAAGAGAAUGAGGAGGACCAGAAGCGGCGAGUUACCAGAGACGUCCCGAAACUCCAGCCAAAAGGAGCUGGUAGCCAAUAAACGCGUCAUCCACAUGCUCAUGGUCAUCGUCGUUCUCUUCUUCCUCUGCUGGACCCCCAUCUACGUCGUCAACGCGUGGAAGGCGUUCGACAAGAACUCGGCGAACCGUCUGACGGGGGCGCCCAUCUCUUUCAUCCACCUGCUGUCCUACACCUCGUCCUGCGUCAACCCCAUCGUCUACUGCUUCAUGAACAAACGCUUCCGGCGGGCCAUAGCGGCUACCUUUUGUAACUACAAAAUCCUGUGGAGAAUCCGGAAGUGGUUCUACUAUGGGAAGACAAAGAGGCCAUCUGUUUGGCACAAACACGGUGAAAGACGAUAUACGCUGUCCAGUGCCAUGAACAUCUAUUCUCAAAGCAUGAGAGAGAGCACACCCUGCGUCAACGCGAACAUCCCCAUGACGCAGUGCAGCGAGGUCCCGUGAUCUCACUGCACGCUGUGUGUAGAAGUGCCGCCCGGAGUGAAGACAGACAGCGUGUUGUGUGUUGCUGAGCCCUCACAGUGCUUUCAGGACCAGUUUAUGGGUAUUUCUUUCAUUUUAAGCUUGGUGUGGAACGACACGAGUCGGUAGGCUAACUCCUGCUCGACGCAUGCCCCUCACAGCGGACGAUCGUAGCCAGAUGUUUCCCGGAGACCUUCAGAGUCCAGAGUACUGACGAUGCUCAUUCAGCUUCAGGGACCGCGAGCGUGACACGAAGUGCUCUGACGCAGCAGUAAAUAAGUCAAUGUCCCAGUUCUAUGCGUAAACUCCUACACAUACUCCAGAAGCGUCGUGAGCCCUGGAAUUACACAUAUGAAGAAAUAAACAUUUUUCUUAAAUAAUUUUUUUUUUGAAGAUGUUAAAACAAUGUCUAAUGUUUAAAGACCAGUCCACAAGCAAAAAUAAGUGGGACUUUUUUUUUUAUUAUUAUUAUUUUUAGUCACAAAAAAUCAAUGUCCUCAGCAGAAACUAAUGAAACUCAGUUUUGUUUUUCUUUUAACUAUGUAGCUGAUCAGUUGCCUAGUUCAUAGUUGCCCACUCUUGGUCGUGUCUGUAAGUUUGUUUCUUUUGUUGUUGUAUUUGGAAGUAACAAGUAUUAGUUGCUAAAAGUAAUUAGCGCCACAAGCAUUCAGAGUUGAAGCUAGAAAGCCGUCAGACCUGGCGUGACGCCGUCCCCACCUCUGAGUUUCAACCUCCAAGACAAAUCCAAUGCAACUUGCGGCUGGAUUUGUCCCGAUCCCGUUUCCAAGAAUUGUUUAAAUUCAACUUUGUGCUGAAAAGAAUAACAAGUCGGAAGAAAUGUUCAGUAGUGUGUUGUGAAAUAACAAGUUGCCUUUUGUUUUUAUAAAAGGCCGAAUCAAAGACAACAAAUCCUAAACAUUUUACGUUAAUUUCUUCACUGAUGUCACAAUGAUGUCCUCGCUUCAAACCCAUUUUCAUUUAAUUGGUUUUCACUCUGUUUCGUAUUUUGACAGCAUUUUUAAAAACGCUUGUCAUGCAGGCUUGCACAUGAGAAAAUGAAGGAUAUUUUUGUAAACCUUCCAAGCCCCGUCAUUUCUUUGAAGUAUGUUUUGCCUUUCACUGUUGUGAAAGUCAACGUGUUCUGGAGAUCGAUGGGGUGUGGUUCACAGUGAUCUGCUGCGUCACAACAGGUUGUGUUACCUUUCUGUAAGGACACGGUCUGGUUUUAUUUAUUUUUCAUACCAAAGGAUCAACUCACUACAUGGAAAUUAACUUUUUGUGCAGUGCGAGUGCCCUCGGGGUUGCCAAAUAUUUCUUAGGUGACUUAAUAAAUAAAGGAUGGCUCAAGUAUUACUUUAAGUUUUAAUGGUACCGGUGAGUAAAUAGUCCGUGUACCUUAGUUUGAGAUCAAAAGUUGUGGUGGAUAUUGAGAGUUUGCACAGUGUGGGAGAGCUCAAGUUUUAUUUUUUAUUUUAUUUCCCCUUUCUUAAUACAGAUACAUCUAAUUUUCAAGAGUCAACUUUAAAGUUUAAACCUAAACUUUUAGAGAACAAAAGGUUCAAUCCCUGACAUUUUGGAGUGCUUUUGAAGCUUAGUCGCUGCUAAAUGUUGAAAACAGCACUUUUGAAGUACAACUAGUUAGUGUUCUUUAGCCUGAUGCUAACGAGACAGUAUAGGUCGGCAUAGGGAGUCUAUGUUUUCCAUUUUAGUAAAAAUAUAUUUUGUACUCAAUCACAACUGUAAGGAAAGAAAAGUUGUUAGUUUGUGAUUUCCUUAGCAAUUAGCAGGAAGAGUAAAAAGAGUGGGAAAGUCCCAAGGCUGAAAGCACAAGUCAAAAUUACAGCAACACAUGUAAAAAUCUAAAUAAUUCUAGCAAAUUUGAAUUUAAAUUAAAUUAAAUGCAACGUUAGUUUAAAAAAUGGCUUAACUUUCUAUGGUUAGAAGUAUUUCUGCUCCCUUUAACGAGAGAAACUGAACUGAACUAAGCUUACUGUGGCUAAAUAAUCAAUCCAAUGUAGCUUUUUUUUUUUUUUUUUUUUCUCACCACAAUUUAUUAGUCGUUUUCAGCAUUGAAUUUACAUACUGGAACAUUUUUAUACUUCUGAAAAACUAAACGCCGAGACACUGAACCGCAUUUAGGUUCUCUUUGAUUUGAAUCUUUACAUGCUGCCUUCCCACUUCCCUAGAAGAUAUCCUCAACUUCUAGGAAUCGCCGGCCUCACCGACACAUUAAUCACAACCAGCAGCUUCGAUCUGAAACUCCCCACCGCUGCACAAACAGCUGCUGCCCUUGACCCUCUGUAUGUAUGUGUACCUAAAGGACUGGGUAACUGGAGAGGCCUUAUCUUUUUGUGGGAUUUGUAACACCUGCAGCUUGUCUUUAAAGAGUCAGUCUCUCACCUCGCCCACAUGAUUUCCACACGUUCUUACUGUCGAACACAGCAGCGUCAAUGUAGCAACUUGUGCAUGUUUUUUUUUUUUUUUUCCUGUGAGUUUACAUGUGAAGAAUCCAAAUAUUUCUCUCGUCGUUCUCUGCCAGCUGUGAUGUGAAAUGUCGGCUCUCAAACGUACUCCGCCGUCUUUUUGUGAUCAGGCUCGUUUCAGGCGAACGACUGACUAGAAAAAUACGAUCGUGGGAUAUUUGUCGACUUAUUGCGGACUUAUUGUGUUUGUCGGAAAACGUUUCGACUUUUUACAGACGUUUUCCACGAAUCACAACUACGAACUUCAAUGUGUCUCGCAGGAAUUUGUGUAAUAUAUACAGGCGGUGAAGUUGUGCACAACUUUGAAGUGGAAAAAAAAAAGAAAUGUCAUUUAGAGAAAAAAAAAAUGUUUACAAUUAAAUAAAAAAAAUUUAAAAAGUGUGGCAUGCAUUUGUAUUCAGUUCCUCUUGUGGAAGAGUUUUUUGGGGUUAUGGCUCCACACACAGUGCUGAUAAAAAGUAUUCACCCGUUGAAUGUUUUCUGCUUUUUCAUUGCUUUUACAAAUUAUAGUCAACAAUAUUUGGCUUUUUUUGACAAAAAAAACCCCCUUUGAUAUCAAAAUGAUACUGAUUUCUAUAAAAAAUAAUUGUAUAAACAUAUUUAAAGUAGAAUAAUUGAUUGCAUAAAUGCCCCCUUCCCAAAGGAUCAAAGGGGGUGAAAACUUCUUAUCAGCACUCUAACUCUUACUUAUUUAGGUCUGACUGAGUCAAACACAUGAUUAAUAUAAUUAAUUUCAGCGGUGCGUGGGUCAUAAUUAUUGGUAUUUUGUGACAAACGUUUGGCGCCAACUAGAUGUGAAUGUUAUUGUACGUCCAAGAAGAAACACACAUUUUUUUUACAGUUUUAAAUUGUGAAGUUUGUGUGUAAAGUGCUGUGUAUAAAAACCUGGAGCGCACACAUUAAGAUCCAGGGCAAAACAAGUCGGUGCUUUUAGUGGGUUUCAGAAAGUGGACCUUGAAGGAGAAGAGCGACUCUGGCGAGACUCGUGUGUCACUGAAGGAGCAAAUAAGACAAAAGCUUUACGUAAGAGCAGGACAAAUCCAGGUCAGUUAUCCGUUACCCUUUUUAGCAUGAAUUCAGAGUAAAAGUAAUAAAAUGAUUUUAAAAAAUAUAUACUUUCACUGACCAAAAACAUUCACAUUUCGUCACUUUUUAAAUUCUCAUUUUAUUCCAAUAUUGCAAGUUUUUUUUCUUGGGUUUUUUUGUUGUUUUUUUUUCCCUUUCUUCUUUUAAUGACAUACAGUUUUGAGCAUGAUCUGGAGCUGCAAUAUGUACAAAAACAAACUAACAUAUGUUAUUACAAAAGAAAAAAAAAUUAAAAUAAAAAACAAAACAAACGUCCCCUUUGUUUUGACGUUAUUGCUAAAUGUUACAAACGGCACAGGUUUCUACCAUCAGACACCCUUUGAGCACUGAGUAUAUACUACCACAUGACACCUCUGCUUACCAUUUUACUAGAAUAAUACACAGAUAACAGUGAGAGUAGCGGGAGAUGAAGACGAGGAGGAGAUGAAGACAAAGAAAGGGCGGUCCAGGUAAGCAUCGACGAUAAAAGAAAAAAGAAGUGAGAAAUCUUCAAUUGCACAAUGGAAGAUAAAAACAAAAACAUUAAAAACAAAUGGAGGAUGAAAUGUGUGAGAAGAAGUAGAAAGUUUAGCGCUCUGUAGUGCAAACAGCCAAAUAGUCUAAAAGGAGAAGUAAGGCUGAGUGCGACAGAGAAAGGGCUCCACACUCCGUUUUAUUCGUUUAAAGCUGCCUCUCACUCUGCCCUGUUUUUUUUUUGUUUCGUUUUAUUUUUUGUUUUGUUUUUGUUUGUUUUUUGUUAAGCAGUGCAUGAAAACUACAUUAUUAUAAAAAGACAUUUGGCAUAUUAAGAAGAUACAUACAUUGUUCAGAGCUCAUAAAAACACAUCCACACAGAACAGCUGCUUUUUUCUUUUUUGUGUGUUUUUGGUAGUGUAAAAUAAAAAUAAAAAAAACACGACAAGGACGCACGGAGAGGAACAAAAAGACACGAAAGCAAACGAGGAGAGACAGAGAGGCGGUGUUUUCCCUCUUGUGAAGGUUCAUAUCAACACAGCGUGCGUAUUGAGAAGGCAUGUAACAUCUUUUUUUUUUCCCCCACAGUAUGUUCCCCCUUCUUUUUUGAGUUAGCACAUUCUGAAAACAGAAAACCCAGUAAAUUAACUCGGAUUGUCGAAGGCGACGGAUUUGUUGAGAGCAAGAGCCGCCAUUUUUGUUUUCUUAAUGAAUCUGAAAGCUGCUCCAGAUGGCGCGGUUUGCUUCGAGGCGGCAACACGUAAACAAAUAUUUAAUCUUAGAAGACGGAGGAAGGUAAAAGAUAAUAAUAAUAAUAAUAAUAAUUACAGUUAAGAUUUGGUGACCUCCAUCCUGCAGAGUAAAGGGAAGCGC